ACCUUAGCCUGGAGUUUAAUUUUCUAGAACUUGUGAGAUGAAUCACAAUGAACAUAACUGAAAACUGUUACAUCGGAUCUCUAUGUCACAUCCUGAAUGUAACACAGCGAAACGUUCACUAGCUAAACAUUACCAGACUGUGCAUGCUUCAAGCAAUACAUUGAGGAUGAAAAGCAUUGAAAAGCUUAAGCAGUCGCCGUUCAAAAGGAUGUUUUAAUUGCAGUAAAAGAAAAUAAUGAUUCUUUCUACUUACCAUACCAUCCAGUCGGUGUUUUGCUGCUGCUGCUGCACUGUUCAAAAGCGUGCAGUCACGACUCAGAUGAGCCUGGAAGAUAAUGCUGAUCUCAUGGACGAGUAUCCCUUGAGAGAGCGCCAGUCAUCUUAUCCUUCAUCAAAUAUUUACAGAGUGAACAGGACAGUGGGGGUCCCAUCGAGAAGGAAGCCUCCCCCACCUCCCCCCGCUGAUGAGGAGGAUGGAGGAGAGGUCCGUGUGAUUGCACUGUAUGAAUUCUGUGCCCAGGAACCCACUGACCUGAGUGUCAGGAGGUAUGAAGAGUACAUUAUACUUCAGAAGCAUGACCCUCACUGGUGGAAAGCGAGAGACAAGGAUGGAAAUGAAGGAUUCAUUCCAAGCAACUAUGUGACUGAGAAGAAAUCUAUUAAUUUAGAGGCAUUUGAGUGGUAUUGUAAAAAUAUCACACGGAACAAAGCAGAACAGCUCCUUCGGCAAGAGGGUAAAGAAGGGGCCUUUAUUGUCAGGGACUCCAGCCAGCAAGGGAUUUACACUGUAUCUGUUUUUACCAAAGCUGGAGGAGAUCAAAAUGGAUCAGUGAGACAUUAUCACAUUAAGCAGACACAGGCAUCACAGAGACAAUACUACGUGGCAGAGAAACAUCUAUUUGAUACAAUUCAUGAGCUUAUUGAAUAUCAUGAACACAAUGCAGCAGGCCUUAUCACAAGAUUUCGAUAUCCUGUUGGAUUAAUGGGAAGAUGCAUUCCUGCAACAGCUGGCUUCAGCUAUGAAAAGUGGGAAAUCAACACGUCGGAACUGACUUUCAUGAAGGAGCUGGGGAGCGGCCAGUUUGGGAUGGUGCGUCUCGGAAAAUGGAGAGCAACACAUAAAGUAGCAAUCAAAACUGUUUUUGAAGGUUCCAUGUCAGAAGAGGAUUUUAUUGAGGAAGCUAAGGUCAUGAUGAGAUUGUCUCACCCAAACCUGGUUCAACUUUAUGGAGUUUGCACACAGCAGAAGCCAAUCUGUAUAGUUACUGAGUUCAUGGAGAAUGGCUGCCUACUCAAUUACCUGCGACAGAGACAAGGCCGACUGAACAAAGAUGUCUUAUUAGGUAUUUGUGAGGAUGUGUGUGAAGGGAUGGCAUAUCUUGAGAGGAACCACUUCAUUCACCGGGACUUGGCUGCAAGGAAUUGUUUGGUCAGUGACAAGAAUGUGGUGAAGGUUUCCGAUUUUGGAAUGGCAAGGUACGUUCUUGAUGAUGAGUACACCAGCUCAACCGGCUCCAAAUUUCCUGUGAAAUGGUCACCACCUGAGGUCUUCCACUUUUCUAAAUUCAGCAGUAAAUCAGAUGUCUGGUCAUUCGGUGUUCUGAUGUGGGAAGUUUUUACUGAGGGUAGGAUGCCCUUUGAGAACAAAUCGAAUGCUGAGGUUGUUGAUGAGAUAUCUCGAGGAGAACGGCUUUACCGACCAUCCCACGCAUCGCCCGUGGUGUUCCAGGUCAUGUACAGCUGCUGGCACGAGAAACCAGAUGGGCGACCAAGCUUUCAUGAAUUAUUGGACUCAAUCAAUGAGGUUGCUGUGAAUGAUCAUAAUUAAAAAAGCUUCCUACACGCUCAAAAUGCUGGAUUUAAAUGAUAAAAUAUUGAGAAUCCUCAGAAAACAUUCCAAGCAAGGUGUUGCAUCUAUUGAUACUUUACCUCAAACAUUCUGCUACAAAAAACAAGUGCUUCGAAUCUCUGGAAGGUUAUCUUUCAUUCUCCCAUCAGUUUGGCAAGCAUUCAAAUGCAAUAUUAAAGAAAUAUUCAGGAAAAGAUAUUAGAAAAUCUUGUUAAAAUGUAUUAACUGUUAUUUUUGUUUAUUAUACUAUAUUUGUGUAAAAUAAAUUCCAAAGAGAUACAUAUGGUUCAAAUACUAUCUAAGUUACAGGUAUAUUUAUAUUCAUAUUUCUAUUGGAAUUGCUUUGUGCUGUUAGUAUGUGUUACGGUUACCUAGCUAUCUUUUGAAAUGGCCAUCAGUGUGAUUCUUUAAAGUUAUCACAGUUACCGGUGCAUCACAUAGUUACUAAUCAUUUUAAGCUGAUAAAGCAGGACUUUAUUGAACUUGAUAAGAUUACAUUUAGAUGUGCUAAUUGUGAUAACUACAAUCACAAAUGAGUACAAAUUAGAGAGCACAACAUUAAAAGUAGUAGUGCAAAGUGCUUAAUUUGGAAAUGCUCAUCUUUACGUUGAUCGGCCCGAAACGUUGCCUAUUUCCUUCGCUCCAUAGAUGCUGCUGCACCCGCUGAGUUUCUCCAGCAUUUUUGUGUACCCUCUCAUCUUCACAUUGUUCCUUCUGGCUAAUACCACAAAAAUGGUGUCAUUAAUCAGAAAGACCAGGAACAAGUUCACUACAGCAAAUCAAAAAGAAGUUUUGAAACAUUCAUUCGUUAAAAUGGAAAUUUUUGGAUAUGUAAAAGAACAGAAACUUGUGCUUAAGUUUUGUUAAAACAUACAUGGGCUUAAGUUAAUGCACGUUUAUUUUAUUAACUUUCUGGUGAAAGAGGAGCAUUUUAGGACUGAAGUGAGCUUGUCCCACAAUUAGGUUGUAUUCGUUGACAUGAAUGCAUAGUCUGGAUUUUGUGGGGAAAUGCUGGCAUUUUCCUGUGUAAAUCACAGCAAGUUUAGGGUUUCCAAAGCGUGUGUGUGUGUGACUUCAAAUUUUCUGCGAGAUGAUAACUGUCACUUUCCCAACAAUGAUGUGACACUGGACUCCUUACUGUGCCCAGCAAGGCAGCUUGAACUUGCAACAAUGCUCCAGCCCCUUUGCUAGCAAAUCCAGUUGAAGAAACAGGCAUGGUAGAUUAAGGUGACAAUAUUGUUCGAUUUUUUCUAUUAUAUUUGUAAACACACUUCAAAGUAUUCUAAGUGUUGUAGAUUUUAUGGGUAGAAUUUUAAUAGUCUGAUAUUUUUGAUCAGUUUUUAAAUUUUCCUAAUGUUUAGAAUUAUUCAGAAAUAUUUGUAUGCCUGUAAAUUCAAAGCCUAGUACUGUUCUCUUCAGUGCCGUGGGAUUGAAGCCAAGAGUCUGGCAGUUGCUACUGUAUUACCUUUGGGUCAAAUGGCACCAGAUAUGAAAUGCAUCUUGGUAUUGUGUUGUCUUGCAAAUUGUUGGGACUUCCACAGCAGGGACACAAAUGAUGGUGUUAUUCACUUUCUGACCACAUUGGCCUGAGUUGUUUGUCUUGGGUCAGAGACUCAUACAGCAGAGAAACAGGCAAUUCAUACCAACUUGUCCUUGCCGACCAAGAUGCCCCAUCUAUACUGGUCCUCCCUGCCCGCAUUUGGCCCAUAUCCCUCUAAACCUUUCCUAUCCAUGUAAUUGUCCGAAUGUCUUUUAAAUGUUGUUAUGGUAACUGUCUCAACUAUCUCCUCUAGCAGCUCGUUCCGUAUACCUACCAUCCUCUGUGUGGAAAUUAAAGUUGCCCCUCAGGUUCCGAAUAAUCUUUCCACUCUUACCUUAAACCUUUUUGUUUUCCCCUACUCUGUGUAAAAGACUGUGCAUCAACACUACAUAUUCCCCAUAUGUUCUUAUUUCAUUUCUAUUCCCCUCAUCAUCCUCCAGAGCCUUCCUGAGAGAUUUGCAGCUCUGAGAACCUGUCAUGAGAGGAUAAUUAGUUUGUGAGUAUAUUCAUUAAAGUUUAGAAGAAUGGUCCUCAUUUCUCUCCUGGUGUUGUUCCUGAUAAGAACACAUCAUCAGAAACAGCAGCAGGGGUUAGUCUUUGUCCCAUUGUGGACUGCACUGCCAUUUGUCAGUCUCAUGUCUGAUCUUCUACCUCUCCUUUCCCACUUUCCCUCCAUUCCCCUAUUGUCCAGAAAACUAUCAAUCUCUGCUUUGAAUGAACCACAUAUGAGCUACCGCAGGCUUUUAGAAUUCAAAUAAUUCAACACCUCAGUGAAGUAAUUCCACAUCAGGCCUAAUUAACCUACUGCAGCCAAAGGAAUCAUACUCCUUGCAUCCAACCUGUUGAGCCCUUUUGUCAUUAGCCCUUCUCAUUCUUGCAAAUUGUCAAGAAUACAGGCCUGGUCCCCUCGUAUAGCAACCCACCAUCACUUGAACCAGGCCUGUCACAUCUCACUGCAACCCCCUCCAUGGAAAGUUUAUAUUAUUUUUGCAGAGGAAAUCAAAAUUAUGUUCAGCAUUCUAAGUGUGGUCUUACCAGAUCCCUGUUUAAUUGCCGUAAGACCUUGUAUAUUCAAAUCCUCUUGCGAAUUAAAAACCAACAAAGCAUUCAUCCUCCUAAUUGUUUGCUGAACUUUCAACAAUUUGUGUGGAAGUGCUUCCAGGCUAUUUUGAAUUUCAACAUUCCCCAAGACGAUCCUCCUUUCCUCAAUACUGCUGACUGGCUUGAUCCCUGGGCUCGCCCACCCUCUCCUUAGCUUCAAUGACCUCUUCCCUCCACCUCCAAACACCAGCAAAAUGAUCCAUCACAUGAAUCCCAUUGCUCUGAGAUUUCCUGGCAAAAUAUCUUUGAGUGGCAGCUGAGGCAGACCAUGUGUCUCGGUUGGGUUUGUGAAUGGAAGGUCUGAGGCAGCUCAGAGCAAUGCAUUCUUCAGUAGCCUCUACCAGGUUAGAAGACGACAAAUAAAAUAUUUUCCUGGUUUAGUCAGGGUGGUUGCACACACCUACUGCAGACCACAGAUCCCAGUCUGCAUCACGGCCAUCUGUUUAAUAAUAUACUCUGCUUAAGCAGUUUAAAUUUUGUAUGUGUAUCCUAUAACAGCAAAGAAAAGUUAUUAACAUGUAAUAGAGAUUAUUUUUUAUCAUUUGAUGAGAUUUUUAGUGACUCUGUAGAUAAUGAAUUGUGCCUGAAACAUGUGUGAAGUAUUUGUAAGUUUUAUAUCCAGUGUAGAUGUGAAGAUGUGGCAUAAUUGCAAGGAAUUCUAUUGAGAUGUUUAUUCUGUUCAAUCAAAUGUAUAGAUAAUGAAGGCUGGUCCUAAGAUUCCUCUUUGUUCAAAUAAAGUUGUUGUUUGUGCAGAAAUAUUUUUGCUGUGUUUUGGGGUUAGGGAAAUGAGGAAAUAAUAAUAAAUGGCAGGUACACAAAAAUGCUGGAGAAACUCAGCGGGUGCAGC